UGCCAGCGCCAGCAGCGCCAUCUAUGAAAAUACGAAGAAAGAACUUUGAAAAGGUUAGGUUAGGUCUGGUCGAAUCGUAGGCUAGCUCCAACUUUUCUAAAAAGGACUAACUUAAGUGAUUGUUUUUUUCAAAAAAAUGAGUGCUGCUAUAAAUAAUCCCUAUGUGUCUUGUCCAUAUGACAAAAGCCACGCUGUUCCUAAACUAAGGCUUCAGCGCCACCUAAUGAAGUGUAGGAAAAACCACCCCAAGCUAGCAGCAUUAUUUAAAUCCUGCCCCUUCAAUGCAACACACGUCAUUCCUGAGCAGGAACUACAAAUGCAUUUCAUGUUUUGUAGUGACAGACAUUUAAUGGAAGCGAAGAAGUAUGAAAACACAACAGUUCACGGAGAGUUAGGGAACCCUCAGUUCCAUCUGCCAGUCCCCGUCGGUGAUUGGGAGGAUGAAGAAGAUGAACAAGCAUCAAUUGACAUGAUAUAUGCGCCAAGAAAUGUUCAUCGCCCUGAGCCUUCCGACAAUAGAAAUGAGUUUCGGCGAGGAGGUGCCCUGGGUGCCCCAAUCUAUCACUGUCAGAAUAGCAGAGAUGAUGAGGAGCCUAUAAUGCCUAAAGUUUUAGGAAUGGGGCGUGGGCGUUUUUAUGCAAGGCUGGAUAACUCUGAAUAACAAAACCCAGGUUUUCAGUUAAAUGUUGUGCCUUUGACAACUAUGUUAAUAAGCUGACAGGGUAUUUUAAGACUGAUUUUGAGUCACUAUCCUCUAAUUGCAUGUAAGAGAUUGUUUGAUCUCAGCAAGGUAUUUUUGACAUAAACCUUAAUCUUGCAAAGAAUUUUCAUGGUGUGGGGGUUAGCAGGAAGAUUUCAGAUGCUAGAAAGUCGCACAUCCUUCAAUUGUUGAUUUCUGAAAAAAAAUAAUUGUGAGUUCUUCCUGUUUCCGACCUUGAGAUUUUUGCUAUCCUUUCACAUAUCUAGGUUGUAAGAAAAUCUCAUUUUACUUUUCAAGUAAUUGUUAGUGCUGGGCUCUAAAAGUACUGUUAAAGUGUAUUUACACUUUCAAUGUUUCUGCCCAAGGAAUUUGUUUUGUUUUUGUUGUUUUAUCUACAGAUUAAAAGUUCAUUGAGACUUCAAA